AAUAACAUAACCUGCGUGUCCGCAAGUGCAAGAUAGUAAUGGUGCUUGAUAAAACGUAAUAUUGAAUUUAAAUCUAAUCUUGGUUCAUCAAAUAUUCAGCGCAAUGCUCGACUCAGAUGAUGAGAAUUAUGUUAUAUUCGGAACGGCACUAGAUCCUCUGGACGAAGAUAAUUUCCCAAGAAAAAAACCGAUGACAAUAGAGGAUCAAUAUGCGUGCGAUGAACAAGGAAGAAGGAGGUUUCAUGGGGCAUUUACUGGUGGAUUCUCUGCUGGAUACUUUAAUACUGUGGGAACACGUGACGGCUGGAGACCGCAGCAAUUCAAAUCCUCUCGGAGCAGCAAGGCUGAGAGCAAAGCUCAAACACCUCAAGAUUUCAUGGAUGACGAAGACACAGGGCAAUUCGGAAUUGCGCCAACUGCUAUCAGGACAACUGCCGACUAUGCUUCUCACGAGAGUAAAGGAACCAAAAGAGAAAGAACUAAAUUUUCUGAAGAUGGACCGAUUCCUGGAACUCCGGUCUUACAAGAGAUUCUGAAACCUGUUAAAGACACGGUCGGAGUUAAAUUGCUGAAGCAAAUGGGUUGGAAGCCUGGCCAGGGUGUUGGUCCUCGUUUAUCAAAGAAAGAGAAGGCCAAGAUCAAACAGCAUAAUGACAAAACUAGGGUACACGGCUGCUCGUUACCUCCUAGGCAAGAACAGAUGAUGGAAACUGAUUCCGGUGGUUCGGAUGAAGAAGAUAGUAACAUCACGUUUGCUCCUGACGACUACGAGCCAUUCAGAUGUAACCCGAAGGAUAAUUUCUUCGGUAUCGGCUACACCGGACUUGAGAAAAGACCUAUACUGUCGCAGCAUAUCAGUCUAUUUGAACCAAGUUCCUUUCAACUGCAAGAAAAAAAUAAGAAAUUGUCUAUACGUGGUCAAGCUUUUGGGGUCGGUGCAUUCGAAGCAGAAGAUGAGGACAUUUAUUCUAGAGAAGACAUGUCUCAAUACGAUUUCAGCUUGGAGCCAAAGAGUCGGCAGAAAUCGAGAUGGACCCACGAAAAGCCUGAGACAUCUCAAAGUAAAUGUAUCGAGGGGUUUGUACCUGCAAAAAAUCGUCUUGAAGCUAGGAAGACGUUCAAGUUACCAGACCUACCAAAAGGCUUUAACCCUGUGCAUAUAAUCAGGAAAAGCAGAUUCGAACCGACGAUUGAAUCGACGAGCCUGGAAAACGCGAGGCGCAAAGGCCUUGGCCGACACGAUUUGAGGGUGGAGGAUAGGGCGAGAAUAAUCAAUGACCCGAAUCCCAUCUCGCUAGUUUUAUCCAGCAAAGUCGGCAGCGGGUCCACAAACGAAAAAAAUCCUUCAAAUAGCUGCUUGCUUCCUUGCGGAGUUGAUAAGAAACGAAUUCAGCCUGUUUCAGAGAUUGCUCAGAAUGAGAAAUGCUCCGAUCAAGAACAAACACCAAAAAAACCCUCUGUAAUUUCGAAUAUAAUUACAAAAACGUUGAACCUGCAUGGCAAGGAACAAGCGGCCCGAAAUCUUGAACGGCCUGCGAACACUGUCGGAAAUAAUAACAAAGACACAAAACUGGGUAAUGCAGGUUCAACCACGGCAAACAAAAAUUCUUGGUUAGAGGUGUUGAAUACCAAAAGUUUUGUCAAAGGCGGCACUGAAAACUUGAGUCUAAUUAAAGAACCGAAUGUAAAAUGCAGCCAGGAUGCUCAAGAUGAAAAACUCUUGGCAAAUCCCAGAAAUGAAGCUGAGGAUAAGGGAAUGUCAGAUGAUUCUAGGAGCUCAGUCUUUAAGCCAUUUGCUGGAGAUCUCGACAAGCAGAAGCGUUACGAAAAGUUUUUAGAGUUUUCGAGAGACGGAGAAAAGAACAGACUGUCUGAUAUACAACCAUUGUCGAUGACCGAAUGGGAGAGAGACCACGAAAGAGUGGAAUUUGAUCAAGCUGCACGACUUUAUAAACCUUUGACAGGGAGCAUGAGUGAUAGAUUUGUCAGCGGAAAGCAUCAGGAUAGUUUGAAUUCGUUGGUCGCGGUGGACUUGGGUGAAGAUACCGACGUUCAGCUCAAAGAGAUGGCUGCAAAGAAAAUGUUUGGAAAAAUGACGAGGCAAAGAAGUGAGUGGCGACCUGCAAGCAUUCUUUGCAAAAGGUUCAACAUAGCUGAGCCUGUAACUGGCUGCGCCCAACCAGAAACGGCGAAAAAAAGCACGUUUUCCAUUUUCGAUUAUCUGGAAGAAUCGGUGCACAAUAGUUCAACAUUUCAAAGCGUAAGCGACGUUGCUGUUAGGAUAAAAUCGCAGAAUCUUGAAAGCGGAUCUAAUUUAGAAGAUCGAAAAACAGGCUUUUCAGAAUCAUACCAAACUGUGAAAUCUAUGAACAAUUCCGCUAUGGUUGUAUGUGAUAAUAUGGACAAGAAUAAAACUUCGGCAAAGGAACGCAACUUCGAAGCUAAAUACGAAAAAAUUUUUGGUAAAAAUGUUAAUAGUUCGGUAGUAGUUGGCAAAGAUAACAGUGUCGAUCUUUCUUCGAAUGUGCAGAGUGUUGAUCAACCUGCGGUAUGUUUGCCGUGCGUUGAAUCAAACUUAGACUUUGACCAAAACAGAAAUUUCGCAGGAUCAUCUAGUUCAUCUGACAGGACGGAUCAGGUUGAUAAUAUAGUAGAUAAAGAAAUGGAGAAGAAGGAUCUUUUCAAGGCAAUUUUUGUAAGCAGCAGCGAGGAUUCAGAUUCUGAGAGGGAAGAGGAACUGGAUGACGACAAGUUUAAGUCAGUUUUGAUCGGAAAGAAUCCUGGGGAGUUGAAUGUGCAGAGAAAUACAUCACCUCCUAGAGGGAUUUUCGCCAAUUUGGAUUUAGACAGCUUAAAUGACGUGGGUGUGAAGAAUAAUAAGAUUAACUUCAUUGAGCAUAAAAGUUCAACGAUCAUUUGCAAAGGUGAGGAGAUGCCUGGAGCUUCGUGUCCUAAUCGAAACAGCGGCAGUUCUGAUAAUACGACUAUGGAAAAUAUUACAAACUACGCAACAUCAGCUGAGGGGACAGCCGAGUCAAGUUCCCAAAUACUGGCAGACAUGUAUGGCCCAGUUCUUCCAGCCAGGCAACAAAAAUAUUUGAAUAAUGCCCAGUCAGAGACCAUUAGUCAAGUGCCGAUUCAAAAACAUGUGUUCAAGAGUGUUGUAGUUCCGGUAACGAAACCUGAUAUUGUUGUGCACGGUGAAUGGAUUGAAAAGAAGAAAAGUAAAAAAUCCAAAAAAGAGGAGAAAAAACACAAGCACAAAGAACAUAAAAAGCAUAAACAUAAAAAAAAGAAAAAGUAAUAUAUAAAUAACUUUGUGGAAAU